AUGUCCUUCAAAACCACGGCAACCAUUUCCUCGUUCGGCGGCAAAUUGCUGAAACUCACUCACAAUGCCAGCACAGUAGGUUGUGAAAUGGCAUUGAAUCUUUACUUGCCACCUAAAGCUUCUGCGGAAAAAAAGGUGCCCGUCAUUUUUUACCUGGCGGGUCUUACAUGUACAGGAGAUAAUGGGGCUGAGAAAGGGUUCUUUCAAAGUGCGGCGAGUGAGAAAGGAAUCGCGGUGGUUUAUCCCGAUACCAGUCCGAGAGGCCUAAACAUUGCCGGCGAAAACGAUUCCUGGGACUUUGGCACCGGCGCUGGAUUUUACAUUGACGCCACAAACCCACCCUACUCUACCAACUACAAAAUGUACAGCUACAUCACCUCUGAGCUUCCCUCCUCUCUCUUCUCCUCCUUCCCAGAGCUCGACUCCUCAAGAAAAAGUAUUAUGGGCCAUUCGAUGGGUGGACAUGGUGCUCUUACACUAUUUUUGAAGAAUCCGGGGAUGUACAAGAGCGUGAGUGCUUUUGCGCCAAUUUCGAAUCCAGUCAAGUGUCCGUGGGGAGAAAAGGCGUUUACAGGAUAUUUUGGCGAGGGGAAGAAAGAGGAGUGGGUGAAGCAUGAUGCGACGGAGUUGAUUAAGGGAUUUAAGGGAGAGUUUCCGGCGUUGAUUGAUGUGGGAACCGGAGACAACUUUUAUAAACAGGGACAAUUAUUACCUGAAAAUUUCGCGGCUGCAGCAAAGGAGUCUAGGAAUGAUGGGAAUCUAACAUUGAGAUAUCAAGAGGAAUACGAUCACUCAUACUUUUUCAUUUCGACUUUUGGAAGAGACCAUAUUGAACAUGCUGCUAAAUAUUUAUUCGCAUAA